AUGUUAUUUUUCCUAUCAGUCGUAAUAAUAAAUGGUUUGUAAUUGAAACUCCAACCCUUUGAUUAUUAAAAAGGAGAAGUAACUGAUACAGCGUAUUCAGUAAAUUAAAUAGAUUUAAAUAUAGGUUUCACUGCAAAUUGCUGGCUCAAACUAUUAAAUGGUUAUUGACAAUAUUAAUCCUUACUCAUGGCUAUAUUCCAAAAAUCCAGCCAAUAACAAUCAAUGUAGCAAUUGCCCAUAAGCUGUCUAAUAAUUCGAUUGUAAAGAAACUUAAGGUUGUGAAAAGCUUUAGAAUUCUGAACCAAUAACAUUAUCAAAUACAAAUAAAUGCAUAUUAGCUAAAAACGUAAGCAAAUUCACUAUAAAAAAAAGACUGUCAUGUUGGAUCAACGAUCAUUUGACAAUUUUUAGCUCUGUCUAUCCUAUGAUAUUUCUAAUUAGUAAUAUAAAUAAAAUGGAGUGUUGAGCUUAACAAAAUUAACAGAAUCUCCAAACUAAUCAAAUCUAUUUUAUUAGUACGUAAAAUUUGAAUUAGAUUAGAACAACACAGCUUGUAAUAAAUUUACCAAAUCUCAACAAGUUAAGGAUAAGAAAGAAUCUUCAUAAGUGAGUAGAGUGAGUAUUAACUCAGAAAGACAAUUACAUAUUAAAACCAAGCACAAGAUUAAUGGAAAUUACAGUUCCAACUAUUUCAAAAGGACAUUUAAUUUCUGAAAAAGGAAGACAAUUAAUUUAUUACAUUUGAUCUAACUACCAAAUACAAUUAUUUUACAUAAGACAUCAUCAAAAAGAUAAUAUCACAAAUAAAAAACUAUUAAAGUUUAGUAAAGAAAUUGCUCAAUUUUAGUUUUGUUCCAUUGAAGACAAGAGACUAAUGUGUCUAUGUUCAAAGCCUGACUUUAUAGACAAGAUUCCCAAAAUUAAAAUUGCAUUUAAUGGAUUACCAAACACAUAUUUUCUCCCUCUGAACCCAAAAUUUUUAUAGAACGAGUAAAAAUGCCAAUUAGAUAUAUUCCAACAUAGCACUUCCUCAUUUUUAGGAAACUAAUUCUUCUAGUAAAUAUAUCAUAUCUAACCUAGAUAAAAUGGAGCAAUAUUUAAUUCAAAAGAUAACACAAUUCUGAUUGGAUAAUCAAAUUAAGACACUGAGGAUCCAUUUUCAUUUUCUAAUCCUACCUUAUAUUGUUUAUUAGCUAGCUUCUUAAUGCUGUUUGGAUUAUUAUCUUUAAUAUUCAUACUAAAGUAAUUAUUAAUCUAAUUUAAAGUAAAAUCUCUUAAGAGCAGUUAUCAAAGCCAAAAUAUGAACAACCAUAACCAAAACCAUUAUAUGUAGUAUCAAACCAUUUAAAUAAAUUUAAACCGUAUAAUUUAGAGCUAUCUACAAAUCAAAAAAUGAUUUAUUCAAGAGGAUGA